CCUCAGAACGCAGCCGAGGGACUGAAGCUUCUGGGCAGGACCAGACCCAGAACCCUCGCCGGACUUGUCGGACUAGUCGGACUUUAGUUUCUCAUGUCGGACGCGGUUAUCACGGCGGUUUGGCGCGGGUUGUCUGCCGACUGUUGACAUUUGCCGACAUUGUUUCGAUAGCAGCCGGUAAGCUUACUUUUCCGACUUUAUGUCCACAAAGAUGGAACAGCCUUUUUAUCACGAUGACUCCUUUCUGGCGGCUUACGGCCACUCAGACGCCGCCAUGCACGACUACAAGCUGCUAAAGCAGAAUAUGAAUUUCAACUUGACAGAGCCCUUCCGCAGCCUGAAAUCGCAGCCGAGGGCCGACGCGGACCCGUACCAGGGGGGGCAGCAGGACGUCGGGACCCUGAAGCUCGCGUCCCCGGAGCUGGAGAGGCUCAUCAUCCAGAACAGUAACGGCGUCAUCACCACGCCCACCCCGGGCCAGUACUUCUACAACCGGGGCAUCACCGAUGAGCAGGAGGGCUUCGCCGAGGGGUUCGUCAAAGCCCUGGACGAGCUGCACAAAAUGAACCAGAUGCCCCCCGCCAACGUCUCGGUCGGCGCCGCCGGGGCGGGCUCAUGCCCGGCAGCGGCCUCUGGCGUCUUCGGCUCGGCACUGCAACCGGAACCUCCCAUCUACACGACGCUGAACGCGUACUGCCCCAACGCCGGCCUCUCUCCUUCCGCCCCCGGCUACCCGUCGGCCACCAUCAGCUACCUGCCGCCCCACCAGCAGAACCACCCGCAGACGGCCACGCACACGCACGGCGCCUUCCAGAACCCCCACCCGGCGUCCGGGCUCCAUCCGCAGCGGCUCGUGUCUCUGAAAGAGGAGCCGCAGACCGUCCCGGACCUGCUGAGCAGCGACGGCUCGCCUCCCAUGUCUCCCAUCGACCUGGAGACCCAGGAGAGGAUCAAGGCGGAGCGCAAGCGGCUCAGGAACCGACUGGCGGCGACCAAAUGCCGGCGGCGCAAACUGGAGCGCAUCGCCCGGCUGGAGGAGAAAGUGAAAGUUCUGAAGAACGACAACGCCGGCCUCUCCAGCACCGCCUCGGUGCUCCGGGGCCAGGUGGCCCAGCUCAAGCAGAAGGUCUUCACCCACGUCAACAGCGGCUGUCAGCUGAUGCUGACCAGCAAGAUGGAGGCGUUCUAACGCCGCCGCCACAAAGGGACGCUAAGGUGAUGACACUGGAGCGUGUGGUCCGCGGGCGCCGGCGCGCCAACUCUGCUGUGCUGGGAAAAAGACUGAUUGGUUAAAAGACUGAUUGGUUAAAAGACUGAUUGAUUGGUACUUCCGGAUGCUGGACACCCCUCAGAGAACCAUUCAACACCCCCGAUCAGGGCGCCUUCACGUGGGGCAAACACUGAGAGGAAAGGCCCUCAUUCUCCGCUUGACUGUUUAAUGUCCUGUAGGUCUGCCGUUGAUGGUCAUGUCAUCAAACGCUGCAUAUAUCCUCCGUGUAAAUUAUGAUUAUUAUGCUUUGGCCUGGUUGAUCCAGACUGACCGUGUCCGAUGUUGAAAUGUUUUUUUAUUAUUUCAUUUGUGACGUGUAUUUAAGUAAAAAGUUGAAAACCA